AUGCAAGCCUCUGCACUGCUUCUGUGCCUGCUGCUCACAGUGGCUGCCUUCAGCAUCCACAUACAGGCUCAGCCAGAUGGGAUCAAUUCAACCCCACAUGCCUGCUAUGUCAAGAAACCAAAGAUUCCCGUGAGACAUCUGGAGAGCUACAAAAAGAUCACCAGUAGCCACUGUCCCUGGGAAGCUGUUAUCUUCAAGACCAAGAAGGGUAUGGAGCUCUGUACUGACGCCCAACACCAAUGGGUCCAGGAUGCCAUGAAGUAUUUGGACAAGAAAACCCAAACUCCAAAGCCUUGAAGUCUCUCACCUGAACAGAAACCCAGGAGACAAGAAACAAGAAAUCUGCCCCCUUGUCUUUUCUGAGAAUUGUGAUGAGAAGGAUGGAUUCUGUCUCUAAGGGAUCUUUGCUGUCUGUAGGAAUGUGAACAGCCACACUUAAGGAAUUAUCUCUAAGUUAUUAAUAUUUUUAUUUAAUUUGCCAUGUACUUUGGUGUGAUUUGAAUGUAGACACCUCCUGUCACUUUAAUGUUGUAUUACCAUUUACUUUGCUCUAGUAUUGUGAACAGGCUUUGCAAGAAUCAAUGAAAAGGUUGUAUU